CAAAGACCAGAAAUUUCCAUAUUUAAUGAAGCUUUUAGGAGAAAAUUUAAAGAUUGUAAGUUCCCCAUGGAUGCAGGUCUACAAUUCUUUUCCAUCUCUAAUACAUUAUCUCCCUGGAUCUCAUCAUAAAGCAAUUAAAAAUUUCUAUUUACUACAUGAAUUUGUUUUGGAAGAAGUGAAGGAGCACUGAAGGACAAUGGACCCCAGCAAUCCUUGGGACUUCAUUGACUGUUUCCUGAUGAAAAUGGAGCAGGUGAAGAAACUAAAUCUUAGAGACACCACCUGGCUUUCCUGGGAUUAUGCAGCUAGAACCACCAUAAUACCAAAGUUAUCUUCUGCUUUGUAUGAUGAUGAAGAGUUUCCCAAUCUGUACGAGUUUGACCCAGGUCACUUCUUGGAUGAAAGUGGCAACUUCAAGAAGAGCCACUAUUUCAUGCCUUUUUCAGCAGGAAAAUGGAUAUGUGCUGGGAAAGCAUGGCUCAGAUGGAAUUAUUUCUGUUUUUUGCUACCAUCUUACAGAAUUUUACCUUGA